CUCCUCCCCACUCCGCUUCUUCCACCUCCCGACUCCUCAGUCCCCCGCCCCUCUGUCUGCCUCUGUUCGCUCCUCUCCGAUCCGUCGAUAAAAUUGCGCCAUUGGACCGACGGGAGGUAGAACCCACGCUCAGCCCCUUCCCCACCCGCCCUCGACGCCGGGCACGCCUCCACCUUCCUGACUCAGGCAUACACCACAGCUCUGCCUCUUCCAGUCUUCCUACUUCCCUCGUCGUCCCCCUGGACUUCGCGUGCAGCGAACAUCCAUCCGGACUCGGGUUGACUUGUUCCUUCGCUGCGUUGCUGGUUUGGAAAAAUAAGAAGACUGCUGCCAGCCGAGAAGAGGAGAAAACUCACGGUUCAUAUCUACUUCGAGAGUUUGAGGGAGCCCGGUGGGAGAAAAGGGACUGGACAGAUUGUGUUGCAGGUCCAGAUCACAAGCAUGGACAAAACUGCCAGUGUUGUAUUGGAUAUUGAGGGCCUGCCUCAAUCACCUGAUAAAUGCUGCUCUGGAAGUCCAAAAAUGACUAGAGCCCUGUCGCGUAAGGGUUCAAAUCGCAUGGAGAGGAGGGGUGGUAACGAGCAGGAGCAAGAGGAUAUGGCAAAAAAACUUAUCAUCAAAGUUGUGCCAUCUCAACUGGAGCAGCCCCUGGUUCAGAACAAGCCUCUGGUUGCUCCGCACUGUACUCCCUGCACACCUAUUCUUAUCGAUUCGGGUGAAGGAAGGAACAAAAGAUUUAACCGGUUCACAGCUAUCAACCCUCGGAAAAUUCUUCUCUUCUUUGCAACGCUGUCGAGCUUGGGGACGACGAUACUGAUAUACUUCACGCUGGGGAUCAACAGCAAAGCGGAGGCGUAGUCGUUAGCAGAUACCGUUUACUUUGGCGGCAGGAGUACAUUCCAAGCUUUGAGUUUGCUUAUGUUUUGUUUGGGGAGAGGACCACAUGUUGACAGCAGCAACGAGAUGCAGAUGCAUUGCUUAUGUUUUGUUUGGGGAGAGGACCACAUGUUGACAGCAGCAACGAGAUGCAGAUGCAACCAGCCAGGUUCUUAUCUAUGAGUAAGAGACGGUGCUCAACCCUUGGGGGGUGUUCGUUGUACCUCCAGCAGCCCCUUGCCUCCCAAAUUUGCUUCUUCUUCUUCAUCUGUAUGUAUAGAGAUUGGUUUUGUUGUGGCCUGUGAGUCUAUGGAGAUAGAGGAGCCAUUGGUGUUUGGUGA